CAUACAACUUAACUUAUUGACUAUAUUCAUUUGAAUGUAACUUUUUUUGUCUUGUCCAGUAGAGUGUAAAUAAUUAAAUUCAGGGAGAAGAUAUGAAUAUUAAAAAGGCAUAAGUUUAAAUGGAGAAGAGAUAAAAAUGUUUCUAAUGUACAUGUGGAAGAAUCUAUCAGGGAGGAAUUUCAGAUGAUCCAGAAUCAUUCUUCAUUUUCAGAACAUUUGUCAAUUUUUAGGUCUCAAUAAACCUUUGGGAUUAUUUGUUUUUUUAUUUUACUUUCAAAACAAUUAUUUAUCUGGAGGGGUGAGGUUGUGUAGUGUCCCCCAAUUUUAUCUCUUCACAAUCCUUGCUUCCAGCAAGAGUAAAUUUGAGUCAAUUAAGUUGUUUGUUGAACGCCUGUGCUAUGGCAAGGCUACUAUUAGAAUUUAUACCAAGAUGUCAAGAAGUAAUAGCAACUCUAGAGUCAUUGUGAAAUAGUAACUUGUUUUUGUUAAUUACCAUGAACCAUGUUCUUUUCAUUGAACCAUUAUGCCUUUCUCCACAUCCUGUCUUUUGGUUUGUUUGGGACUGUUACCUCCCUCAUUUCAUAUCCAGUCAUUUACCAAGCCCUGGCUUCUACCAGCAUGGUAUCUCCUUUAUCCAUGGCUUCUUUAUUCAUACUUCCUUAGUACAGUUCUUUAUUAUCACUUACCUUGACUAUUGGAAGAGCCUCUCUGUUCUUUAGCCACAUCCUUCACAUUGUUCACCCAUCUAGUCUUCUGUAACUCCCAGUUACCUCCUGGGUAAAGCCAUUUUCCUCAGACUGGUAUCCUAAAUCUUCACAACCAUCCACUUUUCAGCUUUCUCUUGUUUCUAUUUGCACAUACAACCUUCAAGCCAAAAAAGACAAUCUUUACCCAGAGAACACUAGGCACUCUCUUGGUGUGACCUGUUUCUUUUUGUUGAAAUCUUUCUCCUUUAGAACCCAAAUCAGAUACAACUUCCUUUGCUAAAUCAGUAAUAGCCUUCUCCCUUGAACCUGAUAGAGUGUAUUUUAUCUAACUUAUAUUGAAUAUUAGUUACUUCUGUGUAGUUUACUUCCCAGUAGACUUAUGAGCACUUUGAGAUAAAAGUAUACAUAGUAGGUGUUUAAUGAGUGCAAUGAGCAUCAUCAUUUUUAAGAUGAAUGCAAAACCUAUGUGGAGAUGUUUUCUUCCGAAUUUUCUGUGGUAUGAGGGGAUUUCUUUAAGUUUAUAACAGUUGUCCAGCGGCUGUUACAUUCAAGAUUUCUUUAGUGGGUUUGGGCUCAAGAAGGAGCAAGGAGUCUGAGAAAAUGGGUGAUAAAUAGACACAGAGAAGUUAAUUUAAGUAGGGAAUGGCGCUGGUCCCUGAGGACAUUUUCUUUAGAAAAAUAGUAAAAGGAAAAUGUGAGAAAUAGGCUAACACAUGGAAGUAAGGAUUCCAAGACAGAAAGCACUUGGCCAAGAGUGGUGCUAGGAAAGAGGAGAGUUCCAAAGUUGCAGGAAACAAGAGGAAGAGCCCUGCGCCUCACCACAGGCUUUAUUGUGGAUUGGGAGGAUCAAUGAAUAUGUAACAAAGCAUAGUUGAUUCACAUUGGUUGCACAAUGACAAGGUCAGGGUAGGUGGGGAUUCACCUGACAUGUGCUUUUCAGAGGAAUGAGGUUUGACAAGGUGAGGGCUAAGCCUUUGUGGCUUUGGCCCAGUAAUUUUCUUGCCUUUAGAACUGCCUAUACAUUGAUCAUUAACUGCUCUGAUCAAGUAUUUAAUACAUCAACUAUACUUCCAUGCCUGGUAUGUUACAUUAUCAGUUUUAAAUGGCUCACUGUUAACCUAAAGCUAUAUCAUCAAAAAUGUGAUAUGCUUCAUUUUUCCAGCUUCAUUAGAGAUAAAAUUAUAUUUCUAGAAUGGAUUUUUCAGACUAAAGUUUAUUCCUCCUUCAGGUGACAAUAUCACUUAUUUUAUGGGUUUGUGAUAGAAAUUUGACUCAAGUGUAUACUUAUCCUUUUGACCUUAGUCCUGGCUGCCACAUAUUACCUGUGUAAUGUUAGGCAAGUCAGUUAAACUCACUAAAGCCUCUGUUUUUUCAUCUCCAUAGCAUGAAGAAGAGAAAAUUGUAGGGUUCUGAGGUAUAGACAGAGAUUUAAUAGCUAUCUACAACUAUCUGAAGUGUUAGUUUGUGGAAGAGAGAUUACACUGGUUUUGAUUGGUCCUAGAAGUAAGGGAGUGAGGAUGGAAUAUGUGAAGGGAUAUAUUUUGGUUUAGUAGGAGGGGAAAUCUCCCAACAGCUAGAGCUGGUUAGAAGUAGAAUGGACUAAUUCAGAAGAUGGUAGAUUCCACAUCACUGAGGGCAUGAGGGAGUGACUGCAUGGCUACUUUUCCUAGGUGUUGUAGAGGGGAUUCCUGUCCAGGAAUGGAAUGACUUUACUGAUCUCUGAGGUCUCCAAUAACUGAGGUUUUGUGAUUCUAUAUGACAAGUAUUUUUUGGCAUAGAGUCUAGCCUUAGGUGAAAUCAUUUAAUUAUGUGAUGCUUGUAUUUUCCCCUAUAUCCUCUUAUCUUUUUCCCUGUCUGCUUCCUGUGUCUCCUAUUUUUUUUUUGUUGUUUGUUUUCAGUGCAAUCCCCACUAUUGUGUCAGAUUCAUAGAGAUCUACAUUAUAAAAAGUUGCUGCUACUGUUAUGUAGCAAAGGCCACCUAUGCCUAUGAGAAGAAAGAGGAGGAGCCCAAAAGGGUGAUGAUGGUGGUGUGGGAAAUGCUGCCCUGUUUCCUCUAUGGAGGGUCCUCAGCUCCUUUGAUGUCAAGAGCCCUAGUAGAUUCAAGUGAACAUUCCUUAUGGGUGAGGUCUGCAAUAAGGAAUGAGGGCAUAAAGGAAAGAUAGGAAUAUGUUGAUAAAUGUUCAACAACUAGUCCUCUAGGGAGGAAAUAUACACAUGACACACUUUUAAAAUAAUUUGCAUUAUUAAGAUGGUUUCUAACACCUUCUUAGGUCUUAGACAAGCAUCAGAUAAAUAAAUUAAGCCCUGAUUUGUAGCACUUAUCAAAUUCCACAGAAUAAAUGCUUAUACAGAAAAUUUAACAUUUGACUUUCUGGAACUGAUCUGAGUUGAUUGUAACACACAACCUUGGAAAAAAGCUCAACAAUUUUUUAUGUUUAACUGGUACAAUUUAGUACUUCCACUAAAGUUCUAUUGCAUGCCACAUUGUGUCCUAUAGUUGGCCCUGAGUUCUCAAAGAUUACCAGCUGAAAUCAAGCUAAGGGAGACAUCAUUCUAACAUAGAGAAGCUUAUAAUCUGAACCUAGCAACAGACUAAGUCCUCUACUGUAUCUCUGUUGUCCAGUGACCAACGUUUAGCUAGUUGGAGGUUAUUGACUAUUUUCAGCCACAGCAACUCUCAAGACUAUUCACCGGAUAAUAAAGGGCUUGUGGUCUCUGGGUUGAAUCCACACCAAGAAUUCAUAAUCAUGUUUUGAUUAUAAAUUUUAUUUUUUAAUUUGUUCUAGAUACUACUUUUGACGAUAAUUAUUAAAAUGACCGAAACAUAUCCACAACUCUACAUAAUGACAAGAGUAUUCAAGAAUUCUUUACUGCUGGUCUCUGUUUCUUAUAUUUUGAAUACAACCCUGUUACUUUAUUCCUUUAAGUACUGUCUCUUCAUUAGUUCAAAGUUAAAAAUAAACCCAGAGAAUUGCCCAACUGUACCUUCUUUGAUACCAAAAUGAUCAUUUCUAUAAUAGUCUACUCUAAAAUGAAAGUUGUCUAAGAUUCAGUUUGUCUCUGGUAUUGGGGCUGGGGUACUUUGAGAGAGCAGAGUUGCUGCAAAAAACUUCACAUUCUUGGUGUCAACUAGAAAAAACAGAACUAUUAAAUAGUCAAAAUCACUCUUUAAUCUAGGGCUAAAAGGGUUCAGCGCUAAAAGACUUCAGCACUAGUAGCCCACGACAACAGAAAUGCUUGCUCCCAGAAAUGCUUGCUCCCCGUGACUGCAAAGAGUCCGGAUUGAACUCUGGCUGCUCUGGUCACUGUCACUGACCCCUGGGAGUGCCACCGACUUAGGAUGGACUCCAGGGAACAAAAGAAUUUGGGAAACCUAUAUACCAUUUGGGGAGUCCAGGGACAGGGAAAGAUGAUUGACAUCACGAUAGCUACAAAGAAAUGGGGGUGUACAAACUACACUGACAGGAUACAAUCAAGUUUGGGAAAGGAAUCAUAGCUAGAGUCUAGGGUGUAAGAGAAGGAGCUACUAACAAUGGAUACUAAAGGAUGGUUCCUGCUCUGGUGUGGAUCUUCUUGAGAAAAGUUCUGAUACAAUAGGUGAGACUACCUAAAACAAAGAGGGUCCUUAGCAUAUGCUUAGUCUCACCCAACCAGGAUUGAUUGUCAUUUCCCAGGGGGUCUCCUACUCAGUCUGAAACUGCUAGCUUGGGAUUCCCUUCAGGGUAGAUUCCCAUGGGAACAGGGAACAAGUACAAACUUUGGGGUCUCCAACCUAUAAGCUAGUCCUGAAACUUGGGGUUCAUCAGAUCCCACUAGGCCACAAGUUUGUGAUUCCUAAAUUCCAUGUUGACACUGGGAACUGUGAAACUUUGGAUUUAUAUGUCAAUUCGUGAUAGAGUGGAUUUUAAAAUUAUUUUACUAUCUUAAUUGUGUAUGUGAGUGAGACAACAUGGCAUGACAGAUAGAACUGGUCUCUAAGUCAGAAAGACCUAAGUUCAUCUCUAUCACACACUGCCUGAAUGAGGAUAAUCACACACACACACAGUGUUCCAGUCUGGGAAGUCUAAAAAUUGCAGAGCAGGUGUGGAUUUGCAUCCAUUGAAGGAAUUCCCCCUAGGGAAGGGAACUGUAUGGUCUGGGAAAACAAAACAAAGUAUGUGUGGAUUCUUAUUUCAAGUGUAAAUAUAACACAGAUUUACUCAAAAUAUAAUCGAACACGUGGAACAUAGCAUUUCUAUGGAUAUGCUUUUUAAGUUUUUUGUUUUUCUUAAAAGAUAUUGAAAGUUCUAAAUGGAGUUACCUUUAGAAAGUCUAUCAUAUACUUUAAUUGGAAAUACAUGUUCUGUCUCUUUAAACUUUAGCCCUUUCUCUGAGCAUAUGGUAUGGUGCAACCAAACUUAAGUAUGGUCAUUCCCUCCCUUCCCAGUUCCACAGUCACCACUCAGGACUAGCUUGGCUGGAAUGUGACUUACUGAUUAGCUCUUUGUCUUGUCAGUCAAGCCUUUGUGUGUAGCAAACUGUUUUGUCACUGGAGUGCUGUUCUUGUGUUGGGAAUUUUUCUUGGAUAGAGAGACUGCUUUGAAAAACAGCUGUCAUGUAAUUUAACUUAGUUUGUCUUUAAAGGGAAAUGUCUCGCCUCUGGUAUGGAAAGAAGGGAAGAAGACAGCAAUCAAUUAGUCAUAAAUACAGUCUGGUAGUGUCGGUGGCUGAGUAUCACCACAGGAUCGAUGCUCUAAAUACUGAAGAACUGCGCACACUCUGCAGACGUCUCCAGAUUGCCACAAAAGAAUCAGUAGGUCCAAAAUAUGCUACUCCUUUAAAAUUAGACCUAGAGUCUGAAGUAUUUCGACCAGUUCUCAGUGAUCCAAGUGAAUUGUUACAACCGGAUCAAAUUGAAAAGCUCUCUAAACAUCUUCCACCACGAACCAUUGGCUAUCCUUGGACUCUUGUCUACGGUACUGUGAAACAUGGUACAAGUUUGAAGACUCUGUAUCGAACAAUGGUGGGUUUGGACACACCAGUUUUGAUGGUGAUUAAAGACAAUGAUAACCAGGUUUUUGGUGCACUGGCAUCAGAACCACUUAAAGUGAGUGAUGGCUUUUAUGGUACUGGAGAGACUUUUGUUUUUACUUUCUCUCCAGAAUUUGAGAUCUUUAAGUGGACUGGAGAUAAUAUGUUUUUUAUCAAAGGAGAUAUGGAUUGCCUAGCUUUUGGUGGAGGAGGGGGAGAAUUUGCACUUUGGCUUGAUGGAGAUCUUUACCACGGUAGAAGUCAUUCUUGUAAAACAUUUGGGAACCGUACGCUUUCUAAAAAAGAAGAUUUCUUUAUUCGGAACAUUGAAAUAUGGGCUUUUGAGUAACUGCCAUUCUUAACCAGGAUGAUGCCCCAAACCUGACAUGGACAAGCAUAGUUUGGAAAGUUCACAAAGCAAUAUAAUGUAGCAUGUCACUAACUAUUUUAGAUGAGUUUGUGUCACCACUUAUUGAAAGUAUAAUUUUGGAGGGGCUUUUUAAAAAAUCAUGUUUCUACCUUGAGUUCUUAAGGUGUAAUACUUAUCUAGUGCCACAUAGUAUAAAUAGCUUGUAGUUUAACUGCAAUUUUACAAAGGAGUAGACACUCCAUCUAAAAUCAGCAUCAUCACAAUCUCUGGUGUUAUAGUGCUGCUAUGUUGAACUUCCACCUAGUUAAUUUUAAAAUUUAAAAUUAUAUUGAUUCUUUUCAAGGAAUAGCAUAUGUGGGGCAUAGUUUGAGAUUAUAAAUAAUGAUAGCCUACAGAACUACUGAGGUCGAGUGACCAACUUGCAUUGUAGAACCAAUACAUAAGAAACUAUAUGCCAAAUUAAAGGAUACUUUCUAAUUUUAGUUCACUUGAGUAUAACAGCACCAUUUAUUUAUUUAGCUCAUUCUCAAAUCCAUUUUAGAAAAAGGGAAAGGAAUAGAGAAUGCUGAUUUGUAUUAGGCCAGACUGCACAUGAGCUGCAGGUUUGGGGAAAUAACAAAUUGGACUUUGUUAAAGAUUUAUAAAACUGCAAAGGAGUAUGAGAACAUAAUGAUUCUAUUUGGUUUAAUAUAUUAAGCAAGAAAAUAUAGUAUUAACUUAUUUGUAGUUUAGCAGGGCAUUAUCAGAAGUACAAAGACUAUGAAAUACAUGCAUAUUUCUUCAGCAUAAAAUAUCAGAUAUACUAUUUUAUGGUUUUGUUGUUUUAGCCUUGUUGCACUUCAAAUACAAAAAUAUAGUUUAUUCUUGUCCAAAAAAGAAAAAAGUAAUUAAAAAAUGAGUGAAUAUAUGUUGUAAAUUACAGUUUAGCACCAGCGCUAAUAAAAUGGGUCAUAAGUAGAUAAUAUUGUAACUCAGUAGAUUCGUGGAAUAUGCAAAUUUACUGUUGUGACCUCAAGAAAAAAAUGGCAGACUAGCAUAUACCAGUAGUUCUUGUCCUCUUUUGUAGGAAAAUCAGUAAUAAACCAUUGUGGCAAUAAUAACUCAUCAAAACAAUUCAUUUCAAAGCUUCUAUUCUGUGUUAUGCAAAAAAAAAACCUGCUGUUAUACGUGUGACAGUGACUUUGUGCUGAAACUUCAGCUAUUCCUGAUGAACAUUGUAUAUUAUCUUGUAAAUUAAUGUUAAAUGGUAGUUUUGUUCUUCUAGAAAGUGUUGAUUGACAGGUUGCUUAUAGCACUUUAAGUUAUUCUAAAAAUGGAAUAAAAGCCAGAUGUGUUGGCUUAAGUAGAUGUAGUUGUAUUUAGUUCUUUUGAAAGUUAAAUAUUUAACUGAAGACAACUUAAGGUAAUGAAAAGGAGCAGACAUUCAUAAUAUGCUAUUGUUGAACAUGAAGGGAAAUACAGGACGUUGUUUCCUUAAUUGUCUAAUGUAAAUCUCUUAAUACUUGUUAGAACUUAGUAACAGUAUAUAGAUUACAUGUUUAAAAUAUAUAAAGAACUGUAAAUAAAUACUACCUUUUUCUCCUUUGGUCUUCCACAGCAGUAUUAUUGUCUUUGUGGAGUUAAGACUAAAUAAUCCUGUAUUGGAUUUCAGUUACAAUAAGGUCAUAGUGAUGUAUAGCAAAUAAAAACUAAAAUAUAUGUAUACAA